CCGUUAUAUUACACGGAUGAUCGACGAACUGCAGAAGACUUCCAGCGAUUCAUCAAUAAGAAAAUGAAAGAUGCUGGUCUGAAGACGGCCGCAGAAUCUGAAGAUGAAGAUAAAACGGUAGCUAAGGAGGAGAAGGAGGAAGGAGAUAAACAAGAGAAAAUAGACGAGAAGAAGAAGAGUGAAAAGAAGGCGAAGAAAGGAACUGACACUGAAAAGAAGGCGAAAAAAGGUGGAGAAAAGAAAAAAGCAAAAAGUGAUCCGGAAGCAACCGACAAGAAAUCCAAGAAAGGGGCAAAAAAGGAGACCGAACCAACCAAGGAGACUGCAGAGAAAACGAAGAAGGAGGCUGAGAAGAAGAAGUCGGCUACGGAAGAGAAAUCAAAAACGGAGGAGAAAUCGAAAUCAAAAGAGGGAACAGAAGCAAAACCCGUAAAAGAAGACGAGAAACCAAAG